AUGUCCGUUGGCUUGGGAACUCAGGUGAUAUGUGAACCUAGAUCUGGUAAUGAUGCACUACCAGACUUUGAUGUACCACGAGGACUUCAAUUUCUUCUACGAAGUACUCAGAUUCGUGUAUAUCGAGUACCCAUUGAAGGGGAAAAUAAGUGCUGUUCUGCGUUUCCACGGAAGUACUACGUGACCGACAGUGAGGGAAAUCCGAUUUUGGAGGGUGUGGAAUCGAGCAGCUGGUGCAGCCGUCUGUGUGCAGAACGAAUUCACGGGUUUGACAUUGACUUUCGCGAUGCUGAUGGGGUAACAGUACUAUUAAUGGAGAAGACUCUUGGAUGCCCCUUGUUUUAUUGCUGCAAGGCCCCAGCAAUUUCCGUCACAUCUGGACAGGAUUUUUACGGUACGGUUGCGCAGUCAGCGAAUCUCCCUAAAAUGCGUCUGUCGCUGAUGGAUGCGAUCGAUAGGCCUCAGCUUCGCCUGUUAGGACCGUGCAUUCGCCAGAGUCGCUAUGUUGACGGCAUCUUCAAAUUGAAAUGUCACUCCGAACGGGGCUCCCUUGGGCGACUCACAGUGCAGCACUUCGCGGGAAUGGACAGCUAUCAGAUUUUCUUUCCAAUUGACCUCGACCUCCGCAUGAAGUGCCUCCUCAUAGCAUCUGCUGUCCUCCUCGUAGGUCCCUAUUCAAUUGAAACCCCUCCUCUUUUCCAUCUCUCUGAUUUUUAUCCCCAGGUGUACUUUGAUCAAGGUCAUAAAGCUAUUUUACGGGUUCCGCAAAGCAGGCUUCCUUCUUGCCUUCAGGCAGUUCAGCUCUCAGAAUAA